AAUGCGUUUCAUCACCUCAGUCAAAUUCUUUCAAUGAUUUUCUGUUCCCAGAAAAUUUAGAAUCACUGGAACAAAAUUUUAGGUUGAUGGAUCAAAACCCGAGUUUAGUAGCCUAGUAAAGCAUCUUAAUUAAUGCUCCGUAAUUGUUUUUAUUACAGUGUUCAUGCACAGUGUGUACCAGCCACCCCAUAGGCUACUAUCACGGCUCCCAACCUCCUAUAUAAAACCGGUUAAAAGUGAAAACCACAAAGCAUAGGAAAAGGCAGUGAGAGAGAGAAAAGAGUGUGGUUCCACCAUGGAUGCAGUCAUCCAAACUAUUCAAUAUUGGCCACUGGGGAGUGUGAUCACCGCCGGCGGUUUGGUGGUUGCGCUCGGCGUGAUUUCGCCCAGGAUUUUGAGUGAUCAAAAGAAGAAAUCUCCCAAACAUCUCAGGACAGUUCCAGCUAUACCAGGGGUACCAGUUCUUGGGAAUUUACUCCAGUUGAAAGAGAAGAAACCCCAUAAGACGUUUUUAAACUGGGUUGAGAAAUAUGGUCCAAUCUAUUCUGUCAAGACUGGGGCUUCCACCAUGGUUGUUCUUAACUCCACUGAUCUUGCAAAGGAGGCUAUGGUAGACAAAUAUUCAUCCAUCUCAUCAAGAAAGCUCUCGAGGUCCCUAACUAUGCUCACCCAUGAUAAAAGUAUUGUUGCAAUGAGUGAUUAUGGUGACUUUCAUAAGACAGUAAAGCGGAAUAUAUUGACCAGCGUUUUGGGAGCAAAUGCUCAGAAACAACAUCGCAUCCACAGGGACGUAUUGAUAGAAAAUGUUUGUAGUGAAUUGUAUGCUGUUCUCGAGAAGUAUCCUGAGGAAGCAGUAAACCUUAGGGAAUAUUUUCAGGCCGAACUUUUCAGAUUGGCGCUGAAGCAAGGAAUUGGAAAAGACGUAGAGUCUGUAUUUGUUGAAGAGCUUGGAUCUACUAUCUCGAGGGAGAUGAUGCUCAAGUACCUAGUGUCUGACUGUAUGGAGGGUGCUAUUGAUGUUGACUGGCGAGAUUUCUUCCCGUAUCUAAGGUGGAUUCCUAACCCGGGCUUCGUGAAGAAGAUCCAGCAAAUACAGUUUAACAGGGAUGUAGUAGUGAAGGCACUCAUAAAUGAUCAGAGAAAACGUAUUGCGACUGGGGAGGCAAUAUACUGCUUGCUCGACUACUUGCUGUCUGAAAAACAGACAUUAACCGAGAAACAGCUUCAAAUGAGCGUGUGGGAGGAAAUUAUUGAAACAUCGGACACCACCGUGGUGACCACAGAAUGGGCUAUGUAUGAACUAGCUAAAGAUCCAGAACGACAGGAUAAACUAUUUCGAGAAGUUCAAAGUGUCUGCGGGUCUGGUAAAGUAACAGAAGACAAACUGCGCCAACUCCCUUACCUUACCGCUAUAUUUCACGAAACAUUGAGAAAACAUGGCCCUGUUCCUAUUGUUCCUCUCCGAUAUGUGCACGAGGACGUAGAACUUGGAGGGUACUAUGUUCCUGCAGGAACCGAGAUUGCUAUAAACAUUUAUGCGUGCAACAUGGAAAAGGGGGUAUGGGAGAGUCCUACAGAGUGGAAGCCCGAGCGAUUUCUUGAAGGGAGGUAUGAUCAGAACGAUUUGUUCAAGACGAUGGCGUUUGGGGCGGGGAAGAGGUCAUGUGCGGGUGCUCUCCAGGCGAUGACGAUUUCAUGCCUGACAAUCGCGAGAUUGGUUCAAGAGUUUGAGUGGAGGCUCAAGGAUGGUGAGGAAGAAAAUGUUGCUACUGUGGGUCUUACUUCCUAUAAACUUCAUCCACUGCUAGCAAACAUAAAGCCAAGAAAUUGAUGACAAAGAAAAAAGGCUUGAAAUCUUAAGGGAAAGUGGCGCUUUUGGUCCUCCAAUUAUACGGUUGAUUGGGCUCAAUUAUAAGGCGCUUUCACUUUUGAUCCUUCAAUUAUUAGCGUGGUGGGGUUUUUUCUCUCUCAGUGGAACAGAACUAUUAGAUGCUGUAAAAUUCUCAAGGUUAAACCUUUUAAUUUCACAUCCGUUUUCACAUUCCCUUGUAUUGAGACAAAACAUUUUGUUCUGUUUGGUAAUAAAGUUAGUUUAUCAGUUAAUUUACCAAA